AUGCAGUGGAGAUCCUUCCUGCUCAACGUCUUCUUGUUGGGAUCUACCUGCCUUCGGAGCGCGAAAGCGCAAGAAUUCACUGUGAACUCAAGCUGGACCAAUUCGCAUACCAUCGAUGGCCGUGGCGACCGCGAAGCGCUCGCAAACGGAGCUGCACAAGCUCUAGUGCAGAGACUCGGCGGAAACGGCAACUUGAACGUCAGCGUCAAUAGUCAGGCCUUGGCAAGCAUGUACUCCAAUCUGGCUCUGCAAGAUCGGCUCAGCGGAAACCAGACGUGGAAGGAAGCCGUCACUACUGGAAUGGGGACGUGGGCCGCUCAAAACGAUAUCUUCACGAACGGCACUGCAGGCUCGUUGCGAACGACGACCAAUGCUGCACAAUGGGGCCUCGCGUUUGCUUAUGCUUAUGAAGCAUACAACGACACUUCCUUUCUGACUCUCGCUCAAAAUGCCUUUGAUGCAAUAUACCCUUACUUCGUCACAUCCGAAGACGCCGAAUCAUACCACGCGCCCGCAAAUCGGACCUUCCAGUACAACAUCACCAAUGGUGUCUGUCUAUCUCGGGCAGCAGGUGCUAUCUGGUGGUUGCCUGACGUGCAUGACGAUGACUGGGUUCACACAGAUAGCGUCGGCCCUUUCGCUGUACUGGCUGCCCACCUCUACCAGGUGUCCCAGAAUGAAACCUACAAGACCGUUGGAAUGCUCUCUACAUCCUUCCUCGGGACCGGCGCCAUAUGGAACACCGACUAUCCGUAUAACAUCUUCGUUGAGGUCGAAAUUUAUAAGUGCGGUCAUUGGUCAGACCCCAGCCCUGGACCUCAAGGAUGGAUGAUACAUGCGCUAGCUGUGUGGGGGAAUAUCACCAAUGAUGCUGCAAUCACGUCGCGUCUACGGGAUGUCGUCUCGGCCGCUACACAGAACCCAGUCUGGACCCAGAUCGAUGGCACACUCAUCGAUCCCCCGACCGGGAACGGUAAUGGCAGCGACAACUCCUGGGACGACAAAGCUAUUUUCAUCCGUAGUUUGAGCGAGACGUCGCGCCGCUUCCCAACAUGGACCGACGUCGCAGGCUACAUUCAGGGUUUCAUAAAUGUGCAGUAUAAUCAGCUCAUAAGCAAGGCACGAACGGGUUCCGAAAGCAAUGCCUACUCUACAUUGAUCUACGGCCCGCCUCCUACCAGCUUCGAGACAAACGGUAACAUCUUUGCCCUGGAUGUGCUGAACGCCGCCUUCGAUGCUCUUCCUAAGUCCAAUAAUGCAGUCUUGCCUGCGCCAACAUCGUCUGGAGCCCCGCCAGCGACCACAUCUACGCAAGACACCCACGACAACGCAUCAAACGCCGGCGCUUCUCAUAUGGGCGCGAUAGUGGGUGGCGCCGUAGGCGGUGCUUGCGUUGCCGUCCUAUCCGCAUUGCUUCUUCUCUACCGCCGCCAUCGUGUGAGACGCCGCAUGGCUAUUGCGGAUGGUGAGGUCAACGAAAGUGAAGCGGAACAUAACGCUUCGCGUACACUCGAAGUCGCAAACAUCGAGCCGUAUAUAAUGAGGGUUUCGCGUGCGCCACGCGCGAAGGGGGAGUCGCCAUUCGUUGGGACGGGUGGCCGCGACAGGCCAGAGUACUCUUCUAGUACUAGAGAUGCGGAGCCGGCCUCAGGGUCGGCAAUUGAGACGCCAGGGUCGACUGAGGAAGAGUGGCGAGACGGAGACGUUCUCACAGUGUCGACUUUUAGACGACUCUUCAACAGUAUGGUGCAGGAGCACUCGGAAGGAUCCGCACCUCCCGCCUAUGGCAGUGAUUCCGCAUAA